AUGUCACUCCUCCAGGAAUGGGCUGCUGCUACAGGUCUCAUUGCAGUUUGUCAGCAAAUUGGGCCAGAUUUAACAGCAUUGCAUGUCCUGCCAAAACUCAAAGAGCUAUUUGAUGAGCUUGCUUUCUCUCAGGAGACCACCAGUGGUUUUGGUUCUCUGGGUGGAAGCCUUAAAAUUUUCAACACCAAAGGUGAUGAGGAAGAUCAGCCCGAAAGACGUCUGGACCUUGUGUUGCUUUUGUAUCCUCAUUUUGCAUCUCUCCUUGGAAUAGAAAAACUUCGUCAGUGCUGUGCCACGUGGUUGCUUCUUGAGCAGUUUCUUUUACGUCGUCAUAAUUGGAAGUGGGAAUACACAAGGAAAUACUAG